ACGACUACAGCGGCGAAUACCAAGAAAAGGACUUCAUCGAGAAGGCGGUGGUGGAGGUGGCGGUGACGGUGCGGGGCAAGAGAGUGCUAUUCCAGCCGCCCUUGCCCGACACGAGGGACCACAUUCUCAACUGUCUGAAGGCCAUUAUCGAACAUAACGAGAGGAUCCCCCGCGUCGAGAAGCUUCUGUUUCCUGAGAUGGGCCGCCGCCGCCUGUACCUCCACGCCGUCAGCCCGGACGAGGAGGCCGUAGCGAAGGUCAAGGGCGAGGUGAGUGACCUGUUCUCCGUCAACGCCCAGGGCCCUGUGACCUACGUGGCCCUGUACGACCGCUACACCCACCUGCUGGACGGCACGACGCUCACGGAGGUGCAGGAGUUCAUCGACACCUGCGGGAUCCUCAAGGAAGGGAAGAAACAGCUGUCCACGCUGCAGGGACUCGGGGAGGAGGUGAGGCAGCUGAAGGACCGGGUUCCUCUGGGUCUGCUCGUCCUCAACUGCCACGACGUCAACCGCAGGCUCAAGCAGCAGGUGUUCGAGCUGACCACGGCGAUCCAGGACUACUUCGUGGCGCGGAAUAAGGAACACGACAAGGAAAUCUGCCGUUCCUUCGACGACAUGUCCACCAAGCUGAGCCAGGUGACGGACGUGACGGCGGAAAUCGUCGAGUUGAGCAACUACCUCCACGUCUGCUCCUCCCAGACGAUGACGCAGCUCCUGCAGGAGAUUCAGAACGCCACCGACCGCCUGAUGUUCCUCCUUCAGUUCGGCCGCGUCCCGGAAGACCAAGUGCCCCUCAUCAACCGCAUGUACGCCUGGCCACACAAGAUCCAGGAGGACUUCCGUCUGGCCGAGGCGAGGCUCUCCCACAAGAGGGACGUCAAGGAGACCGCGCUCAAGGCCAGGGUCGCCACCUUCGAAAACACGCUGACGGUGUACCACAAGGAGCUGGAGGACCUGCGCGGGCGAGACAACUUCAUCAUGAAGGAGAUUCGAGUCGACACCAUGAAGAGGAACGUCGAGCUGCUCGACCGCCUCACCACGCAGCUGCAGGAGGCCAAGGCGGAGCUGCAGGGCAUUAACGAAGAGCAGAGUUUGCUGAGCUGGGAGAUGACCAAGUUCCCGCUGCUGCAGGCGAUGGUGGCGCAGAAGGAGCCCUACGACAAGCUCUGGCACACGACCUACGAUUUCCACCAGAAGUACGAGCAGUGGUACAACGGUCCCUUCGCCGGUCUCGACGCUGAGGCCAUCAACGAGGAAGUGGAAGGCAUGUGGAAGACGAUGUUCAAGCUCACCAAGACCUUCAUGGAUCAGGUGGGAUCUCGCCGUGUGGCAGAGUACGUGAAGGAGCGCAUCGAGAAGUUCCGGCUGCACGUGCCGGUGUUGCAGUGCAUUUGCAACCCUGGCCUGAGGGAGCGGCACUGGGACCAGCUGAGCGAGCACCUGGGCACGGAGCUGAACCUGGCCCCCGAGACCUCCCUGGGCGACAUGAUCGACGCCGGCCUGCCUUCGGUGCAGAGGAAGCUGGAGGAGAUCAGCCACGCCGCCUCGAAGGAGUUCAGCCUCGAGAAGGCCCUCGAGAAGAUGAAGGGCGAGUGGGCCAACGUCGUGUUCGAGUUCAAGCCCUGGAGGGAGACGGGCGUGAGCAUCCUGGCCGCCGUGGACGACAUCCAGGUGCUGCUGGACGAGCACACGCAGAAGGUGCAGACGAUGCGCGGCUCGCCCUACGUCAAGCCAUUCGAGGCUGAAAUCCGGGCGUGGGAGGAGAAGCUGCUGUCCAUGCAGGACAUCCUCGACGCUUGGAUCAAGUGCCAAGUGACGUGGCUGUACCUGGAGCCGAUCUUCUCCUCCGAGGACAUCAUGAAGCAGAUGCCGGUGGAGGGUCGCAAGUUCACCCGCGUCGACGCCACCUGGAGGGAGCUCAUGGGCACGGCGGUGAAGGAUCCCCACGCCCUCGUCGCCACGGAGCAGCCUAACAUGUUGCCCAGACUGCACGAGUGUAACCGCCUGCUGGAGGAGAUCCAAAAGGGCCUCAACGACUACUUGGAGAAAAAGCGUCUCUUCUUCCCAAGAUUCUUCUUCCUGUCCAACGACGAGCUGCUGGAGAUCCUAUCCGAGACGAAGGACCCCCAGCGCGUGCAGCCUCACCUCAAGAAGUGCUUCGAGGGCAUCAGCUCCCUGCACUUCUCGCCGCAGCAGGAGAUCGAGGGCAUGAUCUCUGCAGAAGGGGAGCUCGUCCAGUUCAGCAACCGCGUCAUUCCUGCCAAGGCUCGGGGCCUGGUGGAGAGGUGGCUGGUGGAGGUGCAGGAGAUGAUGGUCCAGAGCGUGCAGGACGUGACCAUCCGCGCCGUCGAGAACCACCCGCUCUCGUCGCACCAGCAGUGGAUUACCCAGUGGCCGUCGCAGGUGGUUCUCACGGUGGCCCAGAUCGUGUGGACCAGCGAGAUCACCAACCUGCUUCCCAAAGGAGAGCUCAAGGGCUACUUGGACGUCUGCAACACCCGCGUAGACGAAGUCGUGGCCAUGGUGCGCGGGAAGCUCGAACACGGGACUCGCCUCACCCUCGGCUCGCUCAUCGUUACUUACGUUCAUGGGCGCGACGUAGUCCAGGAACUGAUCCGCAAAAACGUUUCGUCUGACAAGGACUUCUCGUGGGUGGCGCAGCUGCGUUACUACUGGGUGAACGAGCUCGUGCAGGUGGACAUGAUCACGACCCGCCUGCAGUACGGCUACGAGUACCUGGGCAACACCUCCAGGCUGGUCGUCACGCCCCUCACUGAACGGUGCUUCAGGACAUUGAUGGGCGCCCUCAACAUGCACUUGGGCGGGGCUCCUGAAGGGCCGGCGGGCACGGGCAAGACGGAGACGUGCAAGGACCUGGCCAAAGCCGUCGCCAAGCAGUGCAUCAUCUUCAACUGCUCUGAAGGACUGGACUAUAAAGCAAUGGCCAAGUUCUUCAAGGGUCUGGCCCAGAGCGGGGCGUGGGCGUGCUUCGACGAGUUCAACCGCAUGGAGCUGGAGGUGCUGUCCGUCGUGGGCCAGCAGAUCCUCACCAUCCAGUCAGCUGUGGCGAGGAAGGCGCAGCGGUUCAUCUUCGAGGGGGUCGACCUCGUGCUCAACAAGACGUGCAACAUCUUCAUUACGAUGAAUCCUUCUUACAUGGGGCGCCGCGAACUGCCGGACAACCUGAAGGUGCUGUUCCGGACGGUGGCCAUGAUGGUGCCGGACUACGUGCUCAUCGCCAAGAUCUCGCUCUUCUCCCUGGGCUUUGUGCAGGCCGACAGCCUGGCACGGAAGAUAAUAGACACGUACAGGCUCUGCUCGGAACAGCUGUCGUCUCAGCACCACUACGACUACGGCAUGAGGGCGGUGAAGGCCGUGUUGCUGGCGGCUGCGAACCUCAAGCUCCUCAUGCCCGACCUGCCCGAGUCCCAGGUCGUCCUCAGAGCCAUCCAGGACGUGAAUCUGCCCAAGUUCCUGGCUCAGGAUAUUCCUCUCUUCGAAGGCAUUGUGCAGGAUUUGUUCCCCUCUGAGAAGGAGAGCGACAUCACCACGGAUCCUGCGCUGGAAUCUGCUCUCAAGAACACUCUUGCUGAGAAUAACUUACAGGACGUCCCUUACUUCCGGGAGAAAAUGAUCCAGCUGUACAACAUGGUCCUGGUCCGCCACGGGGUCAUGGUCGUCGGAGAGCCACUCAGCGGGAAGACGAAGGUGUACCAGACGCUGGCGAGGGCGCUGCAGCAGAAGGGCCGCCAGAGGAGACUCGGGAUGUUCAAAGCCGUCAUCAGAGGGGACAGUGUGGCGGACCUGAAUAAACAGGCAAGGUCAGAGAGAGACAGUGUGACCUUGAGCUGGACGGUCGCGAAGAAAAGACAAGGGUUCGAGAGUAUCCCAGUAUAUAAGCGAGAUCCGAAGAUGCAACGUGAUGAAUACGAUGAAGCAGGCACGGGGCAGAUGGAGUCGUCAUCAUUCGAGAGCGUCGGACCUGGAGCAGGAAGACUUCACCCGCGGGACGACAUAGUUUCUCGUUGUGGAAUGAUCUACCAUGAGAAAACGAGAGAGCUUAGCUGGGGUGAGAGGCGCUCAAUUUUGGACUCCUACCUGGCCGCCCUCCCCGUGGCCGUGACUGACCCCGUGAAGGAGAUGGUGAACGAGGUCCUGGAGUGGCUCCUCCCCCCCGUCUACGACUUCGUCAGGGAAGAAAGUUCGUUCUCACACCUCCUGGACUCCCUGCUGGAUGAGGUUCGAGAAGCCGGCAAGCCCCUUGGACCCAAAAUCUCUGAGGACAAGAUGACGACGCUCCUGCAGUCCCUCAUCGUCUUCACCAUCCCGUGGACUAUCGGUUCUACCAUUAAGCAAGACCCGCUCCCCCGCAAGCAACCCGACGAGCGAUCAACCCCAGACUCCGCACGCCCGGGCAAUAGCACCACAGCAUUAACGCCCAAGUACCCCCCCUCUCUGCCCUUCCGUGCCUCUUCCCCAGGCACGAGUCGGCGCCUAUUCGACCAGUAUUUCCGGAGUCUGGUCUCGACGCUCCUGAUCCCGACGGCGGAGACAGCGCGCCUCGAGUUCUUCCUGAGGACCUGCCUGGACCACGACGUCCCCCUGCUGGUGCUGGGUCCUUCGGGCACGGGCAAGAGUGCCUCCACCACGAGCCUGCUGGUGGACCUCCCGAAGGACAAGUUCAUCGUCAACAUCGUCAACUUCUCGGCCAGGACGUCCGCCAGCCAAGCGCAGGAUAUUAUCAUGUCCAAAGUUGACAGACGAAGGAAGGGCGUGUUCGGGCCGGCCAUGGGGAGGAAGUACGUGGUGUUCAUCGACGACGUGAACAUGCCUCAGAAGGAGCCUUACGGUGCGCAGCCUCCGAUCGAGUUCCUGCGGCAGUGGCUCGACCACAAGCACUUCUACGACAAGAAGGAUACGUCCAAGAUCGAGCUGGUGGAUUCGCUAUUCGUGGGCGCCAUGGGUCUCCCAAGCUCCGGCCGCAACACCAUCUGCGGGCGGUUCACUCGACACCUCAACGUGAUCUGCAUCGAUGAGUUCGACGACGCCACCCUCGACAAGAUCUACGGGUCGGUGGUCAAGUGGCACUUCGCCCAGCACGAGGACGCGGCCAUGCAGAGCCUCGACAAAGCCGUGUGGAGGCGACGCGCAGGUACAACGCACGACGGCGACCUUCCGCCGACGCCGGCCAAGAGCCACUACGUCUUCAACCUGCGCGACUUCUCCCGCGUCGUCUCGGGGCUCCUCCUCGUGCCCAACGGCGCCCUCAGCUCCUCGGAGAAGCUGGUGCGGCUCUGGCUGCACGAGGUCUACCGCGUCUUCCACGACAGGCUGUGCGACGACGAGGACCGGAGAUGGGACAAAAAAUGUAUCGUGCGGGAGGUGGCGGAGGCCGUGUUCGGACAGAAGCUGAGGCACGUGUUGGGACACAUCGUCGGCGAGGGGGAAGCCGAGGUCACGCCCGAACACCUCAGCCGCCUUAUCUUCGGCGACUUCAUGAUUCCUGACGCAGAGGAGAAGACUUAUGACGAGAUCCAGAGCAUGGGCGACCUGACGCAGAUGACGGAGAACUACCUGGAGGAGCACAACACCGUCAGCAAGUCGAGCAUGUCCCUCGUCAUGUUCCAGUACGUCGUGCAGCACGUGGCGCUCAGCAGGAUCCUGAAGCAGGAUUCGGGGCACGCGCUCCUGAUCGGGUUCGCCGGGUCGGGCAGGCAGAGCGCCACGAGGCUGGCGACCUUCAUGGCGAACUACACCUGUUUCAGGUAUUGGGAGAUCAAGGGACGAAGGCGUACGGCGUGGAGUGGCGCGGAGGACAUCAAGCGCGUGCUCAUGAAGGCGGGCGGCGAGGGGCGUCCCACCGUGUUCCUCCUGACGGACACCCAGAUCAAGGACGAGGCGUUCAUCGAGGACGUGAACACCCUCCUGAACACGGGGGACUUGCCCAACCUCUAUUCCAACGAGGAGAAGGCGGAGAUCCUCGAGAAGAUCCAGCUGGUGGCGAAGGAGGAGGGCAAGAAAAUGGACGCCUCGCCCCUUACUCUGUACGGGUACUUCAUCGACCGCGUCAGAUCCAACCUGCACCUGGUCCUGGCGGUGUCCCCCGUCGGCGACACCUUCAGGACGAGGCUCAGGACCUUCCCGUCGCUCAUCAACUGCUGCACGACCGAUUGGUUCACCCCUUGGCCCGAGGAUGCCCUGGAACGCGUGGCCCACAGCCUGCUGCAGGACGCCCAGCUGGAGCCUUCCCUCCUGCAGCGCUGUGUCGAAGCCUGCAAGUUCUUCCACCACACCAUGGACGUUCUUGGUGCCAGAUACUUCGAGCAACUUCGCCGCUGGUGCUACGUCACGCCGACGUCCUACCUGGAGCUCGUCCUCACCUUCAGGCAGCUCCUCCUCAAGAAACGCUCGGAGAUCCUCAUGCUCAGGGACAGAUACGUCACGGGCUUAGAGAAACUGAAGGAGGCCAAGCUCUUAAUCACGGAACUGCAGGAGGAGCUGAAGAUGCUGCAGCCCCGCCUGGUGGAGACCUCGGCGAACACGGAGGCUCUCAUGAUCAAGAUUGAGCAGGACACCAUCCAGGUCGAGAGGAAGAAGGAGCUGGUGGCGGCGGACGAGGCGGUGGCCAACCGGAAGUUCGGACGCCAGGCCAUCAAGGACGACUGCGAGAAGGAGCUGGCCAAGGCCGUGCCCGCCCUCAACGCCGCCACGGACGCCCUCAACACCCUCAAGCAGGACGACAUCCGCGUGGUGAAGGCCAUGAAGAACCCGCUCGGAGUCAAGCUGGUGAUGGAGGCCGUGUGCGUGAUGCUGGAGGUGAAGCCCGAGCGAAAACCCGACGCCACAGGGUCCGGCAAGAUGGCUGAGGACUUCUGGGCUCCUUCGCAGAAACUCCUCGGGGACAUGAAGUUCCUGCAGAAUCUCCUGCAGUACGACAAGGACAACAUCCCCACCAAGAUCAUCUCCGUUGUCAGGACGAAAUUCUACUCCCACCCCGACUUCGACCCCAAGAAGAUCCGCAUGGUGUCGAUGGCGUGCGAGGGCCUCUGCCGCUGGGUCCGCGCCAUGGUGGUGUACGACCAGGUCAUCAAGAUCGUGGCCCCCAAGAAGCAGGCUCUGGAGGCCGCCAACUAUGAACUGGCGCUGCAGAACGAGAAGCUGGAGGAGAAGAGGAAGGAGUUGAGGGAGGUCACAGACAAACUGCAGGCCCUCAACGACGAAUUCACCAAGAAGCAGAAGGAGAAGAAGGACCUGGAGGACUCGAUCGUCAGGUGCGAGCAGAAGCGAGACCGGUCGGAGAGGCUCAUCGGCGGACUCGGAGGGAGCGAGACAGAUGGAGUUUUGUUCAAGUGGAGCGACGCCGCCCAGCAGCUGAGUGAGAGUCUGGAGAACGUGGUUGGGGACGUGCUGAUCGCCGCUGCCGUCGUGGCCUACCUCGGGGUCUUCACCGUCGACUACAGGGAGGAAUGCCUGGACAAGUGGCACCGCAAGUGCCAGGAGCUCGGGAUCUCCUGCAGCGCCAACUUCGUCCUGUAUGACACCCUGGGCGACGCCGUGCAGAGCAGGACGUGGCAGCUGGCCGGCCUCCCCGUCGACGCCUUCUCCGUCGACAACGGCAUCAUCGUCGCGCACUCACGCCGCUGGCCGCUCAUGAUCGAUCCGCAGGGUCAGGCCAACAAGUGGAUCGUGAGCAUGGAGAAGGAGAACAACCUCCUCGUGGUGAAGCAGACAGACCCGACAUUCCUGCAAGUGGUGGAGGAGGCGCUGCAGAAGGGCUUCCCGCUGCUGAUCGAGGGCAUCGGGGAGACACUGGACCCUGUGUUAGACAACGUGCUGCUCAAGCGGACCUUCAAGCAGAAUGGGGUCGACCACGUCGUCCUCGGAGACCACGCCGUCGAGUACCACAAGGACUUCCGCCUCUACAUCACCACGCGACUCGCCAACCCCCAUUUCCUGCCCCAAGUCACCAAUAAGGUCGUUCUCCUCAAUUUCCUGAUCACACGCCUCGGCCUAGAGAACCAGCUGUUGGGGCUGGUAGUGGCGCACGAGAGACCGCAGCUGGAGGAGCGCAAGAACCGGCUGCUGGUGGAGUCCGCGCACAACAGGAGGGCGCUGCAGAAGACGCAGGAGAAGAUCCUCGAGGUGCUGUCCACCGCCGGGCAGAAUCUGCUGGAGGACGAGAAGGCUAUCGAUAUCAUGUCUUCUAGUCGGAUAUUAAGAAUGCUCCCUGACCUCGGUCCUCUUGUCAGGAAGAGAUCUCGAAGGAUCACCCUGCUGAACACCCACUUGACCCGGGCUGUGUUCCUCUCCGUCACUCGGUCCUUGUUUGAGAAGGACAAACUGCUCUUCUCUUUCAUGCUGUGUGUGAGGAUCCAGCAGGCGGAGAAUAAAAUGGCUGAGGACGUGUGGAAAUUCUUACUGCGAGGAGGCAGAGGCUUGCUGAUGAACCCCCAGGGGGCACCGCCCGCGCCCUGGCUCACGCAGAAGGCCUGGGCGCAGUUGUUCCAGGCAGGGCAGUGUGAAAGUCUAUCAGGCGUGCAUGACCACGUAGCCGAGCAUUCGAGUGCGUGGGAGGAAGUGUACAACUCCCCAGCGCCACACCGAGCACCUCUCCCCGACCCCUUCCACGAGCUCCAGGGCCUUCAGAGGGUUGCUCUGGUCAAGUGUCUGCGGCCGGAUAAAGUGACACUGGCUAUUCAGGACCUCAUCGCGAACCAGCUGGGCGAGGAGUACCUGUCGCCGCCCCCCUUCAGCAUCUCCUCGUCCUAUGAUGACUCUACCUGCCAGACGCCCCUCAUCUUCCUGCUCUCGCCUGGCACCGACCCGCUCAUUGCUCUGCACAGGUUUGCUGAGGAGAGAGAAGUUGGCGAAGACAGUCUUCAGAUCAUCUCACUCGGCCAAGGUCAGGGAGCGGUGGCAGAAGGGAUCAUCCAAUCCGGGGCUGAGCUGGGCUGGUGGGUCGUGCUGCAGAACUGCCACCUCGCCGACUCGUGGAUGCUGCGUCUCGAGAUGAUCUGCGCCAGCAUCCUCACCGCCGAGUCCACGCAUCCCAGCUUCCGUCUGUGGCUCACGAGUUAUCCUUCGCCGUCCUUCCCUCUCUCGCUGCUCCAGGAAGGCAUCAAGAUGACCAACGAACCCCCCCGAAGCCUCCGCGCCAACCUCCUCAAGUCGUACCACAGCGACCCCAUCAACGACGCGGCCUUCUUCGACUCGUGUCCCAAGCAGAAGCAGUUUCACCGCCUGCUGUUCGGCCUCUGCUUCUUCCACGCGCUCAUCCAGGAACGCAGGAAGUUCGGCCCCCUCGGCUGGAACGUUCCUUAUGAGUUUAAUGAGUCUGAUCUGAGGAUUAGUGUGAGGCAGCUGCAGAUGAUGCUGAGUGCGACCGCGGAGGAAGCGCCGCCCCUCGAGGCCCUCACCUACCUGACGGGGGAGUGCAACUACGGAGGACGUGUGACCGACCGUCGAGACCGUCGCCUCCUCCUGUGCCUCCUCCAGAAGUUUUAUAAUCAGGAGAUCAUCGAUGAAGAGAAGACCACAGUGAACCGGCUCACACUCUCGAAUCAGCGGGGCCCUCUGGCGCAGGUCUAUUCUGAGUCUCACAGAGAACGCCGGGGACCUUUCGCCAAGGCCACUAGGGAGACGGACCGAGGCUCUCAUACAAUAGUCACAGUUAGAUCAGUUCAGAAUAAGCUGGGUUUCUAUAUUAUGGGCUUUCUGGUCACACCUUUCAAAUUGAUGCUUCAGGUGUAUUCUCCGAUCCUGGAUAAGUUAAAGAUAGUCACUUUAUUUCACCCGCUGGAUCGUAGGAAGGCCAUCCCCGACGUCUUCUUGGUUCUCGGGCUCUUCUUCCCCUCACUUUCAUUAAUGGCGAUUCGGCAGAACUACGCCCGGAAGCACAAGAUCCCCAUCGACAUUAAUUCCUUUCGAGUGAUGGACAAAGAAGUGAGUGACAUCAUCGGCGAGUGCAUCCGACCGAACUUCGUGGAGCUGCCUGAGGUGAUCGAGCAGCUGCCAACGCCUUCACUGAGGGGCCUUUGGGAAAAGGGAGACGGAAAGGCGAAAGGCGACGACGGGGCAGGAGCGACGUCGAGCGAGAACAAGGAGGCGCAGCAGGCAGGCGACGCACAGGAGGGAGAGGGCGAGGAGGAGGGCCAAGAGGACGCGAAGGACGCCAGCCAAGAGGACGAGGAGGAGGACGACGUGAUCUACCAGGUCAUUCCUCGACAGGCGGACGAAGGAAUGUAUACAUGGGGCUUCUUCCUGGAGGGCGCCCGCUGGGACCGAGAGCAGCGCUGCCUGGUGGACAUGGUGGCCAAGCAGCUGCACGACCAGCUGCCCAUUAUCCUCUUCCAGCCCGCGCCCAUGCCAGAGGAGGAGGGAGGACCCGCCGCUGCCGAGGAGGAGGUCCCUGGCAUGUACCGCUGCCCCGUGUACCGCACCAGCGACCGCAGCGGCACCAUCUCCACCACGGGGCACUCCUCCAACUACAUCCUGGACCUCAUCCUGCCGUCGCAACUCCCGCAGUCCUACUGGGUCGCUCGGGGGGCCGCCGCCCUCACGCAGCUCGACGACUGAGGGAGGAAGUCCAGGGAUGGAGAGAUGGGGAGGACUUGUGCGGAAGACGGUGUGUGUGUGUGUGUUGUGUGUGCGUGUGUGUG